GGAAAAAAGAAGUGCCCUACUACUUACUAUCACGAGAAGGGAAACGAAUUAGAAAAAAGAAAUGUCUUGAACAGUAUGAGGAUUUUCCUACAAAUAUCGAUGAUCAUCGAUUAAUUAGUGACAAUCAAAGUGUAUUAAAUUUUCUCCCAUAUGAGCAUACCGGCAAUGACCCAACAAAUAAUGAACAAUCUCCACAGAGUCCUACAAUUAGUGAAGAUCUUUUUGGUGCUGAGAGCAAUGGCUCUGAUGGUGCAAAUAGUUUUGACAGUGAUGUGGAAAGUGACAACAGUGGGGAGGGUGAUGACAAUUUUACAAGUAAAGCUGUUUCACAGGGCGAUUUACAACCCACAGUAUCAAUGUGUUCUAAUGGAGUAGGCGUGCAGAAUUUUUUGAGAGAAUGGGCUAUCAAAAAAAAUAUACCCAUAUCCACUUUGACAGAUUUGUGUACUGGCUUAAAAGCUACUGACCCAGAAUAUUUCCACUAUCUACCAUCUGAUGGGCGCACUAUCUUACAAACUAACAUGAGCUACAAAAUUUAUGACUGUGCACCUGGCUAGUAUCUGCAUAUUGGAUUAAAAAAGCAAUUGGAACUCAUUGAAGGGAGUAUGAGGGCAAAUUCAGUAAACUAUACAAGUCUUAGCCUACUGCUCAACAUUGAUGGUAUUCCACUAUUCAAUAGUUCCUCUGGAGAGUUUUAUCCAAUUUUGUUCUCGGUUCCAACAGCUGAAGAGUUGGAUGGUAAAGUGUUCCCUGUCGGUAUUUACUACGGAGAAAAAAAGCCAGAUUCAUUGUCACAAUUCUUGAAAUAUUUUAUUGAGGAACUCAAUGAUGUUAUCAACAAUGGGUAUGGAUCCAUGGACAUCAAUUUGUUGGGGUUUUGCUGCGACACACCUGCAAAAAGUUACAUUUUGGGGAUAACAUCCCAUGUUGGAUUUAAAUCUUGCACAAGAUGCAAAAUCCAUGGGCAGACAGUUGAAAGACGUCGAGUCUUUCUCGAAAUUGACUGUCCACCCAGGACACACGAAGAUUUUAUCAAUAAUGUGGAUACAGUUUAUCAGCCAAGAUCAACACCACUUGUUGAUAUCCCGAGUGUGGACUUUGUUAAGUCAUUCACUUUAGAUUAUAUGCACCUGAUAUGCUUGGGAGUUCUUAGAACACUUCUGUUCAUGUGGUUCAAAGGACCCCUCCCAAAUAAGAUGUCCAAAAACCAACGGGACCUGAUAUCCGAUCGUCUAUUGGUUUUGAGAGGCCACAUACCAAGUGAUUUCGUGAGAAAGCCACGACCGAUAGAUGUGAUCAAAUCGUGGAAAGCAACCGAGCUUCGAGCAUUUCUCCUAUAUCUCGGCCCUGUUGUAUUGAAAGGUGUUUUAUCAGACACCAAAUAUAAAAACUUUUUAUCAUUACAUUGUGCAUCAACAAUUAUUCUACGAAGUGAAUUGUGCCGAAAUGAUGAUUAUCUAGAACUUUCUAGGAAGCUUUUCAAAUAUUUCAUAAACUCCGUGAAAACUUUGUAUGGUGAAAUGUAUAUUUCGCACAAUUUCCACAAUCUCAUCCAUAUUGUGGAUGACGUCCACCAUUUUCGAACAAGAAUUCCGAAUUUCACAGUACACAGUGUAUCAGCCUUCCCGUUCGAGAAUUUCUUACAACAACUGAAGAAGAGAGUAAGAGGGCACAACAAACCUCUCCAACAAAUAGGAAGGAGGCUAAGUGAGAUGUUCAGCCAAGGACACGAUAUUUUUGGGAAGCAUGAAAAAAAACGCGAAUUUUCUUCUCAGCACAAUGAUGGCCCACUCCCUGCGUUUUGUGUUUCACCACAGUAUUCGAAACUGUAUCACAAUAAGUGCGAAAUCACAGUCACUGCACCAAAUAACUGCGUGAAAGUUAAAAAUGGAAAGGUAUUUGUAAUAGAGAACUUUGCCUUUUCUAAUGAGUUGAGGAAAAUUGUUGCUAUUGGAAGAGGCCUGUAA